ACAGUUAGGCGAUCAAGUGGCUGGAGGAGGGAGUUGCCAGUGUUCGCCAGGCGCCGGUUUUGGCCGUUUUAAGUGUGUCAUCUGUGUUCGCCGAAAUUCACGAUGGAUGUUUUAUCGUCUCUCCUCUACUGCUGCGCCUCGUAAAAAAUAUAUAUAUGUAUAGUGUGUGUGGGGAGUGACUUAGUUUCCCUUUGUUCCAGUAAGGCUUGGUAGUGGCAACAGGUAGCUUAGCACACACCUGCAACAGGCUUUCUCUUUUAAACACCUGUUAGAAGUGUCUAUACAGCAGGUAGCGAACAAUGGCCGCUCCUACAGGAAAUCACGUGUAUUAUCAGAUGCUGUGUGCCGCAUCUGUGGGGCUCAUCGCCUUUACAGCAUCAGUGAGCAUGGCCUUCACCUCUCCUGCUCUGCCUUCCAUGCACAAGGACCCAGACUUCAGCAUCACUAAAGAAGAUGGAUCGUGGAUUGGCUCUGUGGUUCCUGCAUUUGCGGUCCUUGGCAGUCUAGCGGCAGGUCCUUUGCUGGACACCUUCGGCAGGAGAAGAAUGAUUAUCCUCUCGUCUCUUCCUCUCUCAUUGGCCUGGGGAAUCGUCGCCACCUCGAGCACCGUCAAGGGCGUCAUAUUUGGGAGGAUGCUUACCGGAGUGUGCGUGGGCUUCCAGGCCGUUGCCGGACCUGUGCUGAUGGCGGAGAUCAUUCAACUUGAACUGAGGGCCCGGGCAGCAUUUUAUCCUGCAGUUCUUCGUAAUGUCGGAAUUACUGUGGGUUACCUCACGGGGAAUUACUUAUCGUGGCGUCCAUUGGCGUGGGUAGGAUGCGUGCUAUCCUUGCCGGCAGCCCUGAUUUUAUUGCCAACACCCGAAACGCCUUACUUCCUUACACGUUCAGGCAAGAGAGAAUCUUCCUUAUGCUCGCUGAAACAACUCCGUCAAGAUUCCGCAGCUGCUGAAAAGGAGCAGGAAACCUUGGACGAGAGCUGCCGCAACGUCUCGACCAAGAGAGCUGGCUUGGGAGAUGUGCUUCGGCCUCCCAACAGAUGGCCUGUUGCCAUUGGUGCUGCUCUGAUGCUGGCCCAGCAGACCACAGGAGUCAGCACCGUUAUUUUCUAUGCGUCCUCCAUCUUCGAAGCGGCUGGGGAUUCCGCUUAUGCAAAGACUGCCUCUUCCAUCCUCAGUAUCUUCGAUUUCCUGGGCACCUUCAUUGGCUUCUACUGUGCAGUGAAGUACGCAAGGCGCUCCAUGAUCGCCAGGUCGUCGAUUGGUGUGACAGUAUGCCUCUCUGUCCUCAGUGCCUUCUUCUGGGCCAAGGAAUCAGGUGGUUCCUUGGCUGUGGUGAUCAAGGAGUACACUUUCAUUCCACUCUUGGCUCUGAUGGCUUUCAAGUGCAGCCUGUCCCUUGGAUGGGGACCUGUCCCUUGGGUUUACAUCAGAGAAGGGCUGCCCAGCUCAGUCAGGGGCGUGGGGGCAUCUCUCAUCGUCACCACGAGCUGGAUAUCAGCCUUCGCGGUGACGAAGACGUUCCAGUGGAGCGUGUCCUUACUGGGUAUUCACACCACGUUCCUGUGUUACGCGGUGCUCACUUUCUUCAAUGGAUAUGUCAUUCAGAGGUUCAUGCCAGAAACUCACCGUCAGUCAGCUGCACAAAUGGACAGAUUCUACCUGAAUGCUGCCAAGGAGAAAGAGCAGUAACGUUCUCAUAAUAUUUUGUAAAGUUAGGAUACUCUCACAAAGCAACUAUGAGGUUGAAUCACAUCUACCCACAGUAUUUCAUCUUCUAAUGAAUUAGCCAAGGGAGUUCAUUGUCCCAUUGUUGAUGGCGCAAAUUAACAACAGUAUCAAAACAACGGAUGAAGUCAGUUAGCCUUUAAAAAGGUUAAAGAAAGUGAAAAUGAAUUAAUAACAGUAUCAAAACAAUGGAUGAAAUCAGUUAGCCUUUAAAAAGGUUAAAGAACGUGAAAAGGAAAAGACGAAGCGGAAAGAGACGGAUACAGGGAGAUAAUCCUGUUACAGAAAUAGGUCAGUUGAGAAGCCAUUACAGAAACAUUGGUACUCGUGAGGUUAGUUGUAAAUGGACUUUUCUUUAUUUUAGAUACUUUUCUAAGCGGUUUCUUGACAUCGUCUAGUUUGUGGCUCCAGUAAGUUGCACAUGUAUAGAAUACAUGCCUGCAUGAGUACUCGAAUGUAUGUGUAUGUCUGUAUGAAUGCACGAAGACAUGCAUAUACGUACAUGGUUCUGGUACAUUAUGAUAAUGAUUUUUGUCUUAAAAUGUUACGAAUGAUAAUAAAACAUAAACUGAUGGUUCCAGAAUCACUGGACAAGGUCCUGGUGUUUUUAUGCUUUGUUAUUGUAUAAGAGUAACCUGUGUAUUUUACAGUAAAUUCUAGUAUUUUCUGGUAUCUAAUUUGUGUAUGAUACGCCACGUUGCAAAUACAAGAGUGCUUUUUUAUCACUUGAGUUCAUCUCAUGUAUAGAUAUAAAUGUUGAAAGAUACCUUUACCAGACAUUGUCAGAAUGCUCAAACACCUGCUGUAUAUUUGGUGUACAGAACCAAAAAUGCGCAUUUAAGUAACAAAUAUAAGGAUAAUCACACUGGUUAUCAGAAUAUUUUCAUGUAUUUGGGGAAUAAAUAUUAUAAGUUACAAAUAAAUAUUAAAUAAUUAAUAUAACAAA